UUAUGGACGUAAGUCGUGAUAAACUUUGUUUACGUAAAUAAUCGUAACAUCGUUUGAUUCAUGACGAAAUACUAGAUCUAUUUUGUCAUGGUUUAGUUAUUCAGUUUUUCGUGUUAUUAUCAUCAACUUUUUACGUUUUGACUGUUUUGAGAGCACGAGCAGUACAUUUCAUUAUUCGCUCGAUAAAAUUUGUACACAACAGCCGCGUUAAACCGUACCUACGAGGAAUUCGCGAUACUUUACUGGUUCAAUAACAGUCUCCUCGAAACAUUAACUAAAUUACAUAACACAAGACCGUUUCGACCUGAGCUGCAUUCUACCGAUUCCACCGUUAUCAUAGGACCAAAUCGUGUUGCUUACAGAGUACCAAAAAUAUUAUUCCAAUUUAAAGCAAUUUAAAGGCGAUUUGCUCAUUGCUGUAUGUAUAUCUACCUUUCCUAGCCCGUUCUUGCGUGUCUUAUAGCAUUAUGGAAAGUUUUACACAGAACGAUUUGGAGGAUUCGGCAUCCAGUAUUAUUUCACCCAAAAAUAACAAGAAUAAUGAUACAAUUCAGUAUGUCGAUAGAUCUGUUAACAGUAUUUGGCAAUGUAUGAAAAGAAUAGAUACAAAUUUGGACUAUUUUGCAAAAAUAUUUAAUGUCGAACAAUCUCCUGAAAGAAAACCAGUAAAAAUGGAUGAUGAUGAAUUUUUAUAUUUAUUUCCAUUAACAGAAAUAGACGAUGUUGUUGACCUAGAAUCAAGACUAUUAGAUGAUUGUUCAGAUUUUAAGGAAAAGUUUAUUUCAUAUAUUACACCUAAAGGUAAUAUUAAAUGUUUGUGUAAAUCAGAUCUUAAAUACUUUGUUAGAACACUGUUACGUAGAUUGUUUACGUAUAGUUUAGCCAGUUACUAUUCUUGGCGUGGCUUUCGAGGAAAUUUUCAAAUUGGAAAUUUAACAAUUGUUCAAGUUAUUUUUGAUAUAACAAAAAGCAAAUUCAAAACUGUUUCAAAGCAGUAUGUUAAUUUAAUAAUCAAAGAAUGGAUCAGAUAUGCCAAACAACGCCGUGCUCAUCUAAAAAAAAUGAACUCUUCCUAAACUCUUACUACUAAAUAGUAUUUGAUUAUUUUUAAGGUAUUUUAUUUUUCUGAAUAAUUAACGCAUAAUUUAAUUUAGAAAUGAUAAUAAGUUGUAAUUAAAUUUAUGAAUUAAUUUACUGAUGCUAUUAGUAUAAAUAAAUUAGAACAAUCAUAAAAUGUCUGCCAUGAACAUUGUUUACUUUUUAGUAACUUAUACUUGUAUAUAUAAUCUUAAUUUUUAUAAGUGAUCUACAAUCAAAUUUUAUUUUAUUUUUUAUUUUUAUGAACAUUUAAUAUAAUAGAUAAUUUACUAAUAAAUAUAAAUACUCUUGAAGUAAAACCAUUUCUAAACUAUAAUGAAUUAAUUAUUGUCUCUUAUUAAAUUAACAAAUAAUAUAUUAGAUUAGUUUAGAUAAUUGAAUUAGUUUAUGAAUUAUUGAAUU